AUGACCAAAGCACAACCCAUUUCCAAUCCAAUUAUUCCUGAUUUUGAUAUUCCUAAAAAGUCAAGUACUAAAUUAAAAUUGACACAGAAAUCUAAUUCUAAAACAACAACAAAACAAGAUACAAACACCAAAACAACUCCCCUAGUGAAACCACAUGAUACCAACAAACCACAACCAACAAAUACCAACCUCUUAACUGGUUAUUCCUCUUCAGAAUCAGAUUCAGAGUAA